AUGCCUCAAGAUAAGGAGAUAGGGGAUUCAACAGGCUCAAAAAGGCCAGUGGUGAAUCUAAAAAGAUCAUUAUCCGUCUUUGGGUCAGAUACCACACAAAACUCACAAAAGCGGCAUAAGGUUCAACAAUUCAGUCGGCUAUCGGAUACUAAAUUGUCUACUGGUGACAGUCGCAGCAUGGCCAAGUCUAGCAACAAUUCUCGUCUUCCUCUUCUACAACACCUUAUUCGAGAAAUCUCAACCAGUUCCGAUCUCGCUGGUACAGACUCGGAGAUUGUGGACGCGAUUUUGAGGCUAAAUGACGCAUUUCAUGGGACAAAGAACCAAUUGCCUUCGAGAUAUUCUCUUAUGGCUGGUGAGGUCCCCAAAUCACACCACUCAGAUCAUAGUUCCAAGUUGGCCAGUGGACUGUAUGACUCUAAGCUACCCCCGAUCAUGGAUGAUAAGCUGGAACUUGCUGUCUUUACCCAUCCAGCUCUUAGCAACAAUAACAAUACGACCUACGACCGACUCGAAAUUCUAGGCGAUGCAUACAUUGAACUGAUUGCAACGAAACUGGUCUGGGAGAGAUUUCCAGAUUUACCAGCAGGUCGAAUAUCACAGAUUCGGGAGGUCCUUGUCAAGAAUGAGACACUUUCGGGCUUUGCUGAAAGCUUUGGCUUGGACCGCAGGGUUUCUGUGCCGCCAAACUACAAUACCCCGUCAAAGCGAUGGACCAAAACAAAGGGCGACGUCUUCGAAGCCUACGUCGCGGCAGUCAUAUUAUCCGACCAUGUUUGUGGCUAUGAAGUAGCCGAGCAUUGGCUAGCAGGUUUAUGGGUGCCAAUUCUCAAGAACCUAGGUCACCAGAAAGGGGAAUUACGCUCCAAGGAAGCUCUUGCUAAGAAAAUUAUGGGGAAAAAUGUGAAGCUUGAGUACCUCGAGGAGCGUCCAUCAAUUCAGCAGAAGGGUGGGACACAAACUUUCUUCGUCGCGUUAUAUCUCACUGGGUGGGGAUGGGACAAGAGGUUUUUGGGUUCCGGCCAGGGCCUGAGUAAAGCAGCUGCAGGUGACGAAGCAGCAAAAAAGGCUUUGCUAGAUACACCACUGAUUCUUGAGAUCAUAUCAGCGAAGAAAUCAUGGGAGUCUAAUUCUUAG